GAAAUUCAUCAUCCAGUCUUCCGCUCAGAGAGGCCCAUCUAGGAGCAGAAGCAAUACUCUACAACGGUUCAAGCGUCAGUUUUUUUCGUCUACUACUACUAGAUCUACUACUGCAGUGAAAAUGAAGAUUUUGGUCGCCUUCUCCUGUCUUCUGGCUGCAGCGUGCGCCUACUAUUCCGGCAGCAGCUUUGGCCGAGGCCCCUGGAGUGGUCCCUUGGUGGUGUCUCGGCGUAACGCUGAGGCCCCGGGGGUCGCAUCCCUGGUCGCUGACGUCAAUGCCAUGCUAGAGAAGGCCAAGAAAGGAAUCAAAGCGGACGACCUCGAGAAAGGGGCCGAGAACAUCGGAGAAGCAGCCGAGGCCAUCAAGGAGGCAGAAGGCGGUGAAGAGAAUACUGAAGAUGUAAAGAAACUCAUUGAUGACGUGGCUAACACGUUCAAUGGAGCAACAGCUGUCUCAGCGUUAUUUGACGGACCUUUGGACUUCGAGAGCAGCAAGUUGGACUCCGCCUUGAACCUGCUGAAUGGUCUUUCACAAGAGGCACAGGAACUUUCGGCUGCUGGAAAGCCCUUGACCGACGUGAUGUCAGCAAUCGAAAUGACGGCUGGGGCAAUUGAGGACAUUACAGAGGAUGCUGGUACAUGGAAGGCUGGCCUCAGCUACGGUAACGGGGGCCUCCAAGGAGGCGUCAGUUAUAGCUGGAAUGGCAAACGCUGAGCCGUUCACCUCAUUCUGGCGAGAGAGCAGGACCCACAACUAGGUCGCCGAGAGGACCCAACUUUCUUACCUCCCCUCCAUCAUGACUAGAUUCUAGAUCUGUUUAUUUUCUCCUCACCAGCGAGGGGAAAUAUUCUAGUACAUCCUUUUUUUUCAAACUUUUCUGUCCGUUCCUUGCCCCCCCCCCC